UCCACCUUUUCAUCAUUCAGAGUCACUGCAAUAUUUUCCUAGUACAAUAGUAGUUAAUUAAAGAUACUAUGAUGAGAUCGCGGUUCCCACUGUUGCUGUUGCUGGGAGUUGUUUUCCUGGCCUCAGUUUCAGUCUCAUUUGGCAUUGCAUACUGGGAAAAGGAGAACCUUUCUCACAACAAGUGCCUCCGGAGUUGCAGUAGCGAGAAAAGCACGUACAGGAUCCAAGCAUGCCACGCUCGUUGCAAUCUCCUUAAGGAGGAUAAAGAACAUCAAGAAGGAGAACAUUCACUACCAACACACCAUGAGGAAGAGGAUGAAGAUGAAAGCAGACAACCACGUCCAUUCCCUUUCCCAUUCCCUAUCCCUCUCCGACCUCGCGAACGCCAGAGUGAAGGUUCUGAGUCAUCAAGGAAACAAAAUAACCCUUUUCACUUCAGCUCUAAUAGGUUCCACUCUUUGUUCAAGAACCCAAAUGGUCACAUUCGCCUCCUCCAGAGGUUCGACCAACAAUCCAAACAACUUCAGAAUCUUCAAGACUACCGUCUUUUGGAAGUCCAGCUCAGACCCCGCACCCUCCUUCUCCCCCACCAUGUCGACGCUGAUUACAUCAUCAUCAUCCUCAGCGGGAGAGCCAUACUUACCCUCCAGAACCCCGACGACAGAGACUCUUACAACCUUCAGAAUGGCGAUGUUCAGAACAUCCCUGCAGGUACAACUUUGUAUUUGAUUAACCCUGACAACGAGGAAACACUGAAAGUAAUGGUACUUGCCAGACCCAUUAACAACCCUGGCAGACUUGAGAGCUUCUUCCUAUCUAGCACUGAAGCCCAACAAUCCUACUUGCAAGGGUUCAGCAAGAAAACUCUGGAGGCCUCGUUCGAUACCCAAUUCAAGGAGAUAAACAGGGUUCUGUUUGGAGAGGAGGGGCAGCAGCAAGACGAGGAGAAGCAAGAGGGAGUGAUUGUGAAACUAUCAAAGGAACAGAUUCGGGAGCUGAGCAAACAUGCCAAAUCUAGUUCAAAGAAAACUAUUUCUUCUAAAGAUAAGCCAUUCAACUUGAGAAGCAGCAGCCCCGUCUACUCCAACACGUUGGGAAAGUUCUAUGAGAUCACUCCAGAGAAAAAUCCUCAGCUUCGCGACAUGGAUGUCUUCGUCAGUUUUGUGAAUAUGAAGGAGGGAGCUCUUCUUCUACCACACUACAAUUCAAAGUCUAUAGUCAUUCUGGUGGUUAAUAAAGGAGAAGCAAACGCUGAGCUUGUUGGCGAAAGAGAACAGCAACAAGAGGAAAGUGGGGAAGUUCAGAGGUAUAGAGCUGAGUUGUCUGAAGAGGAUGUACUUGUAAUCCCAGCAACUUAUCCAGUAGCCAUCAACGCUACCUCCAACCUGAAUUUCUUUGCUUUCGGUAUCAAUGCUGAGAACAAUCAGAGGAACUUCCUUGCAGGUGAGAAAGACAAUGUGAUGAGCGAUAUACCUAGACCAGUGCUGGAGGUUGCGUUUCCCGGGUCUGGUGAAGAGACUGAGAAGCUAAUAAAGAAGCAGACGGAGUCGUACUUUGUGGAUGCUCAGCCUCAGCAAAAGCAGUCUCAAGAAAAGGAAAAGGAGGAAAAGGAGGAGGGGAGUAAGGGAAGAAAUCCUCUGUAUUCAAUUUUGAACGCUUUUUACUGAAUAACGUAAAAUGUAUGCUGUAAUCGCUCAUCGUAAGCGAGGAAAUUAUCGGACUAGUUAACUAGAACUCGAGCACCACCUAGCGUCUAUGACUAAAUAAUAAAUAAAUCGAGCAGCAUGCAAUGCUUUUGUUGUCUUCUUCAA